AUGCUGCCCAAGGUUGCCAACCAGCUCCUACACCACACCACGCGUGCAGUCGCGGCCGUCCAGAACCAGACUGGUCACACUAUCCGUAAUGUCCUCCAACUCCAGUCGUCCUCAGGACCGUCCUCGUCCAACUCGGGACGCAGCGGAGGCGGGACAGGUUCUGGUGGUGCCAAGUAUCAUACCGGCAGUCGUUCAUAUCAUGGUUACAAUGGCGCAGGUCGAGCCGUCACGCAGGUCGAGUCUCUCACGUCGAAUGAUGUAGGCCAAGGCCGCAACGACGACUCAGACGAGUCAAAGACCGCUAGGGCCGGUUUUUCCGCUAGACGCAAGAGCAUUUCUUUGGGUAUCCAGGACCGCAAGAAGCACAACUCUAGCGUCUUCAAGGUGGUCCAAACUCAUGCCCUCACGCGUCGCGCGUUCAACGACCGACACAAGGGGGAGCCAGCCAGCGGUACCUCUGUUCUGUCGUCUACUGGAGCGGUGUCGUCCUUGCAAGUCGCACCCACUCGGCCUGCGCUUGUCCGCCAUGAAUCGACCAAUUCUACUCAGCUAGCGGUAGGUGAAUCCCCGGACGCGCUCAUCAUGACUAUUCCCCAUCUUUCCACCACGGCUAAAUCACUCCCGGAGGACUCACCGGAAGCUCGACUUGCGCAGGAGCCCGUAUCGCCCGCCGAAUCUGCGGACACCGAGUACGAGCUUGAGGCAUACAAUGCAAUCAAUUCGGCCGUACGAUCUGGUGAUGCGGUUGCGCUCUUAGACGUAUUGCGCAAAAUACGCUCUAGCCCCCGGACUCCCUCUCCAUCGUUGUACAACAGUGUCUUGUCUGCGCUGUACAGGGUUCGUCAGCCUGGCGAGCCACUCCAGAACAUCUUGCAGAUCUACAACGAGAUGCUCGCGCGGUCUGUGCUACCAAACUUUCGGACGUACACGACAUUGAUCCGUGCACUGACUGAGCGCGACGCUGAGAUUACCUCCAUUGUUGAGGGCAUCCAGCUGCGCAUGCGGAAGCGAACGGCAUUCGGUAUUGUGGACAAGGACGCUCAGGAGGCCGAUGAACGGCGUAUCGAGGCUCUUCGUUCCGAAAACAAUUUCCGCUCAGCAAUGACACUGUUCCAGUCGGUAUGCGCGAUUCCAAAGUCGAAGAUAGCCAGUGAUAUCUAUGGCAUGUUAUUACGGUCGUGCGCGCAGCACGCGAACGUCGACGCGGCAAUCCACGUUUUCGCGCAUAACGAACGCCGGUCGGACUUGCACCCUACCGCGGUGGUCUAUCAGCACCUAAUCAGGGUAUACUCGAGCACCGGUGAUUUGCAGGGCGCCAGGGAGGUAUUCCAAGAGUUCCUGAAUGCAUGCGAGUCCGGACGGUUGUGGUCGGGUGACGAGACAUCGUCGCAGGAGCAGUCGGCGCGCAUGGAGAACCGGAGCGCAAAGAUUCGCGUAUGGAAUGGGAUGAUCGACGCAUAUAUCCGUGGUGGGCAGCACCCAGCGGCAUUAGCACUCCUCGAGCAGAUGUUGGACACGAAGGCGGGCGACGCGCUGGACACUGCGGACAUUCCUCCGCCGACCCAGGUUACAUUCCACCGCAUUAUCCAGGCUUUCUGUGCUACCGGCGAUGUUUCCACAGCCCUGUCAUGGUUUAACCGGUUAUUGCAGCAGGAUGCCAGACCAAGCGAGGAGCCGUCGGUUACUCCCACCCGCCCCAUCUACAGCAUCUACGUUGCCCUUCUGGACGCGUUAGCCUUUGAUAGACGCAUCGAUGAUCUUAAUAAGGUGUACGCUGGUCUCGUGGAAUGCGCCGAACGCGACGGUCUGGAGAUACGGGAGAUGCAGCGUCUUACGGUCCUCCAUGCAAACUACCAUUAUCUGUACACGCAAACUGGACUCGAGCCUUCCCGCGUCACGUCCAUUGUAGAUUUCCUGGCAGACACCGUUUUGGGACACCACGUCAAGGCUCUGCGUUAUACGCUCUAUAAACGCGAGGAAGAUACUACUGUACGGCCCAACAGCUAUCGGAUUGCUCAAUUUUACAUCGCAGCUGGUCGUCUUGACAAGGCUGUUGACUACGUCGAACGGUAUGUCGCUAUCGAACAACAGGCCAUGGAGUCGGAGGAGAAUGCUGGACAGGCCAACUUAGCUAUCGCGCGCUCCCGGUACUUGGUCAGGCACCUCAUGCCCUUGUUUGCUGAAAUUCCUGCGGCAGAACUCUCACUCGAUCUGCUGUUCAGGCUCGGGCGGGUGAGCAAUCGGUUGGGUGUUCCGAUACCACAGGCUAUGGCUUUGCGUACUGUGGAAAUCUAUCGUGCGUCUAAGGACAUGGCUGCUGCUGUCUCAGCGCAAGCUGACUGGGAUGCGCUGGUCACGAUUGCCAUGGCUGCUGACAAGCAGUUGGAUAUCGCGGUUGACAUUUUGUGUGACAUGGCUCAACAAGGAAUGAAGUUUGGCGACAUCCACCGUCCGGUCCUGGUUCAGCUCGCACAGAAUAUCAUCGACAGACGCGGUCCUGAGGAUGCCAAGGUCCUGCUUGCCAGUAUCGCCCCCGAGUUGGUGGAGGUUUUGGAUGGUCUCGGUAUCACGACAGCUUCGGUAAACGUCGCAACAAAACCAGUCCGAAUCGACCCCGCUCAUAGCGCAUAUGUGGACGCCUACGCCAGCAACAGCAACAAAACAACGCAUUUGGCAGCGUAUGAUCGCCUCGAGGCCGGUGCAGCAGAGGGCGUAUAUCCGGAACCAGAUGUCAUUGCUCGUCUGAUCAGCACGAUCGGCCGACUUGGUCACUUCGACAAGAUGCACAAGCUAUAUCAGACGGCGCAGCGUGUUCUGGCCUCCAUGGAGCUGGACAAGGAACGGCAGUCUGCAGGCUGGUUCCAGGUUGAGGACCACAUGAUUAUCGGUUUGGCGCACGCAGGUAGUAUCGACGCCGCGCAUGUACACCGUCUGCGUAUUCUCGAGAAUGGCGGUGUGCCAUCAGCGGAUGCAUACGGCGCCCUCGUCCACCACGUUAAGGACACCACCGACGAUGCCCAGAACGCUAUGGCUCUCUUCCAAGAAGCGCGCGAUCACGGUGUGCAGCCAAACCUGUACUUGUACAACACCAUCAUCUCAAAGCUCGCAAGGGCCAGGCGCGCCGACGAUGCGCUCGCGCUGUUCCAGGAGAUGAAGGCGCAGCGCUUGUGGCCAUCGUCAGUGACCUAUGGUGCUAUCAUUGCUGCUUGUUGUCGCGUCGGCGACGCUACGUCUGCGGAGCUCUUAUUCCAGGAGAUGGCCUCGCAGCGUAACUUCAAGCCGCGGAUACCGCCGUACAACACUAUGAUGCAGCUCUACACGCACACCAAGCCGGAUCGACCACGUGUUCUUCAUUACUACAACGCCAUGCUGGCUGCGAGAGUUCAGCCCACUGCGCACACGUACAAGCUGCUCAUCGAUGCAUAUGGAUCUAUCGAGCCGGUAGACGUGGAUGCAAUGGAAAAUAUCUUUGUCCAUGUCACAAGUGGCCCUCACCCUCUCGUGCAAGGUACACAUUGGGCAGCUCUCAUAAAUGCUUGGGGCUGUGUGAAGAAGGACUUAGAGCGCGCCACUUCGAUUUUCGACUCUAUCGCCGACCACCCUUCGACGAAGGCGACCGGACAAACUCUUCCGGAUGCAGUCGUAUUUGAGGCGUUAAUCAAUGUUCUAAUCACCCUUCGCCGCACUGAUCUCCUGUCGACAUAUGUGGACCGUCUGUCAUCACAGGGCAUCCACAUGACCGCAUACAUAGCCAAUCUACUCAUCAAGGGCUAUGCAAGCGUCGGUGAUAUCGAGCGCGCACGUGGAGUAUUCGAAAAUCUGGUCGAUCCUCCUGAGGGUAUCGCUGCACCUUUCAACCACGCCCCACACGACGGCGAUUCCAGCGCUCCCCAGGCACCAGCCCAUGUGCCCGUUUACCGUGAGCCCUCAACAUGGGAGGCCAUGGUACGCGCAGAGCUAGGAAACAGUCAGCGCGAUCGUGCUGUGGCCCUCCUAGAACGUGCGCAAGCAAGAAAAUUCCCGCCUGCAGUUUACGGUCGCAUCAGCGGAAUCAUGCUGGGUGACGAGCCUGCAUCACCAUGGGCUACGCCCUCGCCAUCAUCAUCCCAAGCAUGA